AUGAGUUCCUUGUUUUUCAGGAGACCUUCAGAUGUGAGAGCUGAAGAAGAACAAGGAAUGGAACACCUGGUGGAAAUCCAGAAUACCCUCAAAGAACUUCGAAAAAGUACAUAUGAAGUGGAAAAACAGAUGUUAAUCAAUCAAUUUCUCAUUCAUUUAGAUAGUUUCAUUCUCCUUGCGUCAACAAAAUCGAUAACAAACGCAAAUUUCAAUAGUAUUUGCAAAGAAAUGCUUGAAUAUUCCUCAUUAAUCGAUAAUAACGCUGCAAUUACAUUACAAUACAUGAAAGUGCUGACGAAAGCAUACGGUAUAUCACAAUUUUCAUUGAAUUGUCGCAAAUAUUGUAACAUUUUAAUAUCAGUUUGCAAAAUAUCAAAUCAAUUACCGACAAUUCUAUCAUUCUCACAGAAUUUUUUCGAAACUUUCCUUCGCAAACCAAAUUUUAUAUCCGAUUUUUCAUCUACAUCCAGUUUUGAAUACAUUUUUCAGAAUAUUUUUAUCAAUUCUGAUAACGAACAAGCAGCAAUCUACGUCAAUACACUACUAUUCAAUCAAGAUCUCAGACCACAAUACAAAAAUGUCAAUUAUCUCGAUUUCUUCCAAUUUGCCGCUCUUAAUAUCAGAGAUGAUAAGAUCACGGAUUCACUUGCGGAGCAAUCAGCAUUGUUUAUAUCAAAUAUGUUCCAAUUUGUAUCAUCAAAUUCACGUCAAAUUACAAAAUUUUUCAGUCAAAAUUCACUUAUAAUCUUUGACUGUUUAGUUUCAAAGACAACCUUCGAAAAACGUGCUAACUGCUACAAGGCGAUGCUUUAUUCACAAAAUGAAGAUGGUUCUUCACCUCCAAAUUUACAAAUUUACAAACAUCUUUACAAAAUUUUUGUUGAAACAUCUCCUAUGCAACAAUCAAUUUUCCUGAUGAUUUCAGAGUUAUUUACCAAGAUUCCAGACUCGAUUUCAAAACUUGACCAAAUUAUUCCAACACAAAAUUUAUUUAACUGGAAUUUUCCAAAUUUAAACGUCAUGGCCACUUUUCUUUCAAUUCUUGACAAAACACAGCCAAAACUUGUGUUUAAAUGUCUUCCUAUUGUGUUUAAUUGCAUCAUAAGAGUAGAACCAGAGAUAGAUUCCCUUGUCAUGAUAUUAAAAGUGUUAAUUGGUCAAAUAACAAUGAAAUAUUUAACUUAUAACAUGAUUUUAGAAACUAAUUUUCUUUCUGCUUUUGUUGUCCAAUUAUCUCCAAAUAUAACUGUCCAAUUAUACUCCAAAUAUGAAAAUUUUGCAUCAUUAGUUUUGAGUUUGUAUUCAUUAGAAGGUGCAAUUUCAUUUAGACCUUCUGUUUUCAAGGCAGUUUUGAAUUUGAAAAUAGAAACAUUGAACAAAUUGUUAACAGCUUUUCUUUCAAUUUCUGCCGAGUCGAGUAUCAUCAGAAUUUUGUUAGACUUCAUACAAAAAACCGGCCAAAUUGAAUUAAUUCAAUCAUUAAAUGCGGUUUUAGUUUUUUCACAAGAUGCAGCGAUGAAUUUUGUUAUAAGUAAUGGUAUUUCAUGGGCAUUUGAUAAUCUAAAACUAGAAGAUCUCGUUGAGUUAUUAGCAGCUUUAGUAUGUACUAGAAGAUUUGAUGAAUUAGAACAUAAAAUUGCAAGUUUGCCAGAUAAUCAUCCACUUUUUUCUGCUCCACAAGAUUUAUUGGAGAAAGUGAUUUUCGGAUUAAAUAAAGCAACUUGCAGACCAAUUCGUGUUCAUUCAUUAGUCCAUUUACUUGAGAAACCAAUGAAAUUGGAUCCUUACAACGCAUGGUUACUAGGAAAUAGUUUCAUUGAACAAUCUUUGAAAAGAACAAAAGAUAUUUUCCAAGUUCCUAUGAUAGAUCAAAUCGCAAAUCGUUUUUUGCAGGCGAAAUAUUUGAAAUUGUUAUUGGAAAGACCAUAUGAACUUGAAAGAUUCUGUGAUACAUCAUUCGACCAUUUCCAGUUAUUCCAAUUUUAUACGGGAAAUUCGGAUUUAUCGUUCGAAUUGAAUUUUUCUGCUGUCACUUUUUGGUUUAGAACAAAUAAUAACCUAAUUCACAGUUUAAGGUUUAUUAAGACAGAUGUAUUGAAUAUAUCAUUAGAUGAUGGAAAAUUGAUAAUUAAUUGCGAUGAUCAAACAAGUUCCAUGAACUUAGAUUUAACUAAAUGGAAUUUCAUUGCAAUUAAAGUUGAAUCAUCAUUAAUGAGUUCAUCAUUGGCAUUGAAUGUUAAUGGACGUGUUUUCACAUUCCAAUUAAAGGCGAAGAGAUCUAAUUUAACAUUUUGUCGAUUUUGUGCAGCUACAAAAGAUUUAAUAUUUUUAGGAUCUGCAAUUCGAUUUUUUAAAACAAGUCCUAAGAGUUUCACGGAUAUUUUUAAUUCAUCAGCAAGUUGUGUUAUUUCAUUGUAUGAUGAUGAAACAAUUAUUACACCGAUUUCACUUGAAAAAGGUAAUUUUGAUGUUUAUAUUCCAUCGAAUUGUGUUUUAGUUCCAUAUUUCGGCUUUCCCAUGUUGUUUUUGUCUAAUUUUCCACAACGAAAACUAUUAGAAAGUCUUCAUAAUUCACAUAAUGAGAAAGAGUUCAGUUCAGUCUUUCGCACAUUGUUAAAUAUCCAAGAGAUCACACAUUACGAAUCAGAACGCUUUUAUUGGAUCUUAAUUGGUUCUAUUUCUAAUUCACACAAAUUUAUUUCGAAAAAUUUGUUUUUAGAAUUUUUAGUUUCAUUAUCAAAGAAUUCUAAAUCAGAAUCCGCAUUGACAAGUAUUCUUCUUCACAAGAAGAUGUGGGAUAAUGUUAACAACGAUAUCCUUGUUGAAAGUAUUUUCGAACAAUUCAAUGAAAAUGAUUUUCGCUCUGUUGCUAAUUUCGAAAUCUUCUUGACAAAGAAAAUCAUUGACAACCAAGGAUUAUGUAAAAUGAUCAUUGCAAUCUUAAAAAAUAUCAACAAAGUUCCAUUGUUGAAACCAUACCUUAACUGUUUAUUACGUAUUGGUUCUGAUGAAAUGAAGUCUAAUAUUAUUAAUGCACUUACAGAAUUCAUUGAUAAAUUCACAUAUGAUAUUGUUCUUUCUAUCUGUCCAUUUGAUUUUCUUGUUGAAAUUUGUUUAGUUGUUUCCACCGAAUUGAAGAUCAAAAUCAUUCAUUUGAUGUCUCUUUUGAAUUCAUAUGAUAAUGACUAUGUUAUACCCACACGUAUCAUGCAAAAAAUUGUUUCUGAAUGCUUUCUUUCAGACAGUGUUUGGAAAGAUAUCAUUGUUAUUUUAGACCAAUCUCAUCAUCCCGAUAUUUAUAAUUUAGGUAUUGUUUUGAUUAGUUUUGGUACAAUUAGCUGUUGGUCCGGUAACACUCAAUUAGAGAAAUAUGUCAAUGAUCUUUCAUUAUUUAUUUUGAAAAAGAUCAAUAUAUUAAGUGAAAAUCAGAAUUUCGUUAUCUGUCUUUCUACAUGGUUGAGUUUAUGUUUAAAUAUUAUUUAUUUGAAAGAUCGUACCGAAUUCAAAUUUCUUAAAAGUAAUUCCGAAAACAUUCAUAUUGAAGUUGAUGAUAAAAUCUGGAUUAAUAUUGACAAAGUCUUAGAAAAAUCAUUUCGGAUAGAAUCAGUUGACAUCAAUGGUAUCGAAUAUUUUGAAAAACUUAUUGAUGUCAAAAACAAUAAUAUCAACUUUUAUCAAAUCACACAUUUUUCAAACUUGAUCAACAACUUUUUGAUAUUAUCAAAUCCAAGUUUUAUUUGUAGUUUCAUUCUUUCAUUUGUUUCAGUUUCUAAAAUCAGAAAUGAUCCAUUGAUCAAAUUUUUGACUAUCAAUGUUUUGAACUAUAUCUUAACAAAUCCAUCUAAAACACAACAAAUCAUUAAUUUGUUCACAUCUCUUCUAUUCUUAUCUAAUUCUAAUUAUUUAGAAGGCUUCGAAACAGACAUCUUUUUACACAUCUUGACAUUUAUUAAUUCACUUUUAGGAAAUAAUGAAAUCAUUAAUUCUAUUUCAUCAGUUACAGACUGUUUAUUGAUUAAUUUAUUCAGUCAUUUAUCGGAAGACAAAGUUCCAUUGAUUGUUAGUCAUAUUAUUUCAUGCAUGAAAGCAUUUUCUAUUUUAGUUGAUAAUUCUAAAUCACUUUAUUCAUGGAUUUACAUUUUAUUAUUAUCUCAUACAAACACAUCUCUUUUCUUUGACAAGAUCUCAAACAAAGUUGAAAGUGAUAUUCUUUCUCUUGCACGCAAAGGAGACAUCACAUAUUUCGAACCAUUUUACAAACAGAAAAGUAUCGAAAUCAGUCUCGUUAUUUCAUCUAUUAAUGUCAAAGAUUUUGUUUGUAAGAACUUUCCAUUAAUCAGUCUUGAAUAUCAUAAGAGUCGAGAAAUCUCUAAUUUUCACAAACGUGUUUACGAAUUGUUGAUGAGUGAAGUUUUGAGUUCAUUAAAUUCAGAGUUCAUUGUUUUAGAAGAAAUGGUAUCAUGGAUGAGUUUUUCGACAGAAAUCAAAGACCAGAAGAGUUCUAUUGAUGAUUACAGUCCAAUUUAUUUCACACUCUGUCCCCGUUCAUUUCCAUUUUAUCCCCCUCGUUUGUUAUCACCAUCAUAUUUCAGUCGUUGUGAAAUCGAAUACGAUUAUUACAGCAAGCAAGCAGUUGCAACACAUCGAAACGACAUUACCGAUUUAUUCUUAAAGAUCCACAACAACGAAGGUAAUUUGCUCUAUAAGUUUAAUACCGAAUUAUCACGUUUUUCACAGAAAUUGCAUUGUUCAGUUUUUUUCUUCGAAACAUCAUUUGAUGUUGUCACAUUUUCAGAACUUCAACAUGAUAAAAUGAUUCUUCAAGAUUUAGAUCAUGAUGAAAUGAAGAAUCUUAUCAACGAAUCCAUCCAAGGUGACUGGGGGAGUACAUCCAUUUUUGCUGGUCGAAUUGUCAUCAGCGUCAAAUACUCACAAUUAAUUUAUGUUCAUAAGAAUGAACAAAAAUAUAUUUUUUGGGGUUUCGAAUGUGGCAGUUUUAUUUUAACAUUUUGUAAACAGAACUCAGACGAAAUCAGUCCAUUUUUCAGUAAGAUCAGCGAAAAGUGUUUAGAUUCACUUCCUCCUUUCCCAUUCAUUCAUCGUGUUAAAUCUAUUGAAGAAUCGCUCCAAAAGUUCGCAAAUGGGUUGAUCACAGCAACAGAUACAUUAUUGAUCUACAAUGCAUUAUGUGGUCGAUUCUUUGUUAAUUGUGACGAUCAACCUGUUUUCCCACGUUUAUCAUUUUCAGAAGAAAUUCUUAGUUUAUCAUUUCAUAAGACACCAGUUGCAACAAGCAGAGCGACAGUCACAUUUUCAAAAGCUAUUGUUCCACAAACUAUUCAAAACACGAAGAAGGCAGAAAUAUUUCGACGUAAUUCUACUCCCGACAUUUUUUCAUUGAACAAAAAGAAGAAAAUCAAGAAUCCAACAUUUUAUGACAUCGAUAAAAUUCCAAAUAUUUCUAAAGAAUGUAUCAGUCCAUUGUUUAUGUCUAUUCCUGAACUUCUCAAAUAUGGUAUGAAGACAUCAUCACAUAUCAACGAGAAACUUGAAUCCGAGAAGAACUCUAAACAUAUUUUUUCAUUUUGUAAUUCAUUGAAGAAAUUCCAAAAUUCAGAAUUUGUUUCAUUUAGUGCUAAACUUAAAGUCACAACUUCGCAGAAGAAGUCAAUUUGUAAUAUCCACAACAUCAUCACUCCACAAGUCAUGUCUCUUAAAUCUAAGCACGUCAUCUUUGAUGGCGAAAGUAUCCGAUCAUCACCAUUAAUGAGUCAUCGUCUUCAAUGUUCACGUGAUUUGAUUUUUCAACUUGAUAUUUCAUCCAUGUCUAUCAUUGUUACAUCUAUUCGUAGUUUUAAUGUUGUUUUCCGACGUACAUCACCAACAUUUGUUUACAGCACCGGCUUUUCACUUUCAGAGAACGGCCUCUUGUUAGUUGUUGAUUAUGCAUUUUGUUUAUCACGUUCAUUCCGAAUCAAAUACGAACUUGGUAUUCCUACCGAGAUUUCAUCAUUGUCCGCCAUUUCAUUACCAUCUAAACCUAUUUCAGACAUAUGUGGAUAUGAUUGUAUUGUUGUUACAUCAUAUUCAUCCACAUUUGUUAUUUGGGAUGCAUUUUCAGGAACAAUCCACCGCAAAGUUGAUCUUUCAGAAAACAUUGUUACAUCUAAAUUUGAUGAAUCUAGUGGUCUUCUCUGGGUUUUGACCGAGAUUUCACUUUAUUUGUAUAGUAUCAAUGGUAGUUCACUCGCCCAUCGUGAAUUCAAUAAAUCUAAGACAUCAUCACUUAGUGUUUUUCGAUUAUCUAAUUCCGAAUCUAUUCGAUAUUCAUUAGUUGGUUUUGUUAAUGGCAAUAUUAUUUUAACAUCAUAUCGAGCUGAUUAUUCAAUCAUCGAAAUUAAAGAAUUAGAAAGUCCUCACCAACAUAAAAUCGUUUCUCUUCAAAUCCACGGUAGCAACACAUGUUUUACAUCUAGUGACUCGGAUCUUAAUGUUACAUUAUGGACAUCUAUUGGUGUUCUUUCACCACGUUUUCGUCACGAACUAUUAACACGAUGUCCUAUCUGCGGCUCUAUUUCAUCCGAACAAUGUCAAUCAUGUUCACGUCAUUGCUGCAAGCGCUGCUGCAUGAACGGCACAUGUCUUUUUUGCACUGGAUUAUCUCUCUAUGUUUAA